AUGAGUGAAAUCAUAUAUGUUUCGCCACUAAAGUUUCUGGUAAAUGAUGCAAACUGGAAAAGUGAGGUGGAAAGAAGUGGGUUUGUACCAAUUUUGAAAGCGGAUCUAUACAAAUUCGAGCAAUCCUUAUCGAAUGCUAAGGAGAAGAGCAACGGAACGUUGAAUAGUAAGGAUUCAAAUUCGGACCAUCGUAACGGAGUGAGUGUUGGUGAUAAGAUAGAGUCAACCAAGUCUGAAUCGUCAAAUUUAUCAAAAUAUAUGGAAUUACAGCAAUUUCUACCGAUUUCAUUAGAACAACAAUUGCACACCCUAUCCAUUCAAGGAAUGCCGUCAAAUGCUACACACGGUCAGAUUGAACAUUUUUUUGUUGAGUGUAUAAAACUUUCAAAGUAUGAGACAGCGUUAGAGGCAUGGACGACUCUUAGUUCCUAUACGUCUGGAUCUCAAAACGUUUUUAUCAGAUUGUCAGGCUCUUCGAAGGAUACAGAAUUUGCAAAUUUCGUAAUCUUUUUGGAAUAUCUAUCUGCAAAAUUCAAUUCUUUGCAAUUGCACAUUGACUCUAAUACCAGAUCAUUCGUUGAAGACAACACAAAAAUUAAUCUUGAAACUAUUGGGAGUGAUGUCCUGUCCAAAUAUAAUGAACUUCUUAGGGACCUGCAAAAACAAAAAAACGUUAAUGAUACUAGUGUAGAAGAUACUACUCAAUAUCAAGUUGACUUAAACACCCUAAGUGAUAUUCCCAAAGACUCGUUGGACCAAUUAGUGAAGGAUAUCAUUGAGUUUAGAACAAGAGUUAUCAAUACAGAAAAGGAAAAGCUGAUUUCAGAAAACUAUGAAGAAAAUAGGAGGAUUAAAGAGAAGAUGACGAAGAUGUUUGAACGUAUUAAAAGAAGCCAUUUAAAGGAUCAAAUCGAAGAACGUGAUGUAGACGUAAGUUUUGAAGAGGAAGAGGUAAAUGUUAUCGAUGACAAAUUGAUAGAACAGAAACAGAACUUAAUGGCAGAAAUUGAAUCAGAAAAAAGAUAUAAGUCUCUAUUAAAAGACUUAGCUACAGUGAUUGAACCAAGAAUGAAAGCAUUACAGUUGGAUAUUGAGCAUGCAACAAAUUAUGAGACCCAUCUUGUUGAGCAAAGGCCUCUAUUUUUGAAGGAGAUCCAAAAUCUAGGAAAUGACAUUUAUUAUGAUCGCCAUAGAACGUUUAAGGAAGAAGAAGAGAGGCUAGACAAAUUGAACAGAGAGCAAUUCGGUGAUGCGAUGGACGUUGUCAGUAUUAGUACAGAAGCAGUUGCUACUACUGGAAAAGCUUCAGAAUCAAUCAAGAAUGAGAAAACCGAGCUUGCAGCCGGUCAUAUUAAAAUUAAAUUUGCUUUCAAAAGAGCGAUUGACAAAUCGACUGAAGCCGAUAAGGAAGGUGGUCUAGAAGAGAAAGAAAGUGAAGAACAGGAAGGAGAAAAGGAAGAAACUGAACCAGCUAUUACUAGUGAGAUAUUAUCCUUUGAAGAUGACGAAUUGAGGUCCAGAAUUUCCAAGUUAAGAAGUUCCAAGGUUGUUGAUGAGUUGGUUAAAGAAUAUUUGGGUGUCUACGAAGACGAAUUGGUAGAUUAUAUCUUUGAUAACAUUGAAGAAUUCAAAAAUAAGAAGAAUUUAUUGGAGGAUUUGAAAGAAACAUUUGAUGAAGAUGCUCAAAAAAUUGUAGAUACUAUAUGGAAUAGAGAAGAAUUGAAACGUUAG